AUGUUGGAGGUCGGGGAUCAAGCGACUCGGCGGCGGAUGCCCCUAAGGAGCCACUCAAACUUCCUCGCCCGGACCGCAACAGACGAUGCCUCUCAAUUGGAGAGGAGAUACUCUAAAGCUACGCCGUCUUCUCCGCAGGAUGAGGACCCUCUAUCAAACACAGCUCCCCAAGCUGAAUCAGCUUCAAACACUUACCAGCCUGCUGAAGACGUCUCCAAAGGCCAAGCGCAGAAUGGCACUUUCAUGGGAAGCCUUUUCUCAUCGAGCCGCGAUGGGCGACGGCGCUCGCGGUCCUCCAGGAGCAGAUCAGUCGGGCGACGGAAAUCCCAACAUCAUUCGACGCUUGGCGAUUACUCUCUUACUUCCCAAAUGAAGGACGCGGCGGACCAUCACCAGGGCACUGAUGCUAAGCCCAGACCCACUGGCUCCUUUCCUCGCCCAGUUGGCGGGUCAGCCAAGUUAGGGACCUUCGCAGGCGUGUUUGUGCCUACAACCCUUAACGUAUUGAGCAUCCUGAUGUUUCUACGCUUUGGGUUUAUCUUGGGACAGAGCGGAGUAUUAGGAAUGAUGGGUAUGCUCAUCGCUUGCUACGCCAUUAACCUGGUGACGACAAUGUCAAUCUCGGCAAUUGCCACAAACGGCACAGUCCGUGGUGGCGGCGCCUACUACCUGAUAUCACGCAGUUUGGGCCCCGAGUUUGGCGGGUCAAUAGGCAUCGUUUUCUAUCUGGGCUUCGUAUUCAACACUGGCAUGAACGCAGUUGGAUUGAUCGAUUGCUUGAUCGAAAACUUCGGAUCAAUCGACGGAAACUGGUCUCAGUGGUUGCCCGAAGGCCACUGGUGGCAGUACCUGUGGGCGACUAUCGUACUAAUUGCCUGCACGUUGAUCUGUCUCGCCGGCAGUGGAUUGUUCGCGAGAUGCAGCAACGGGCUUCUAGCGGUCCUUCUGGUAGCUACGCUCAGUAUACCGCUUUCGACUCUUAUCCAAAAGCCUUUUGAAGACAGGAGGCUCCGCAUAGAAUACACAGGCUUGAGCGCCGACACUUUUGUUAGCAAUCUCAUGCCUAGGUUUACCCAAGGAGCUGCUGGCAGCCAGCUCGACGGGAAAGAGAACUUUCAAGACCUCUUUGGCAUCCUUUUUCCCGCCACUGGCGGCAUCUUCGCAGGUGCCAGCAUGUCCGGAGAUCUCAAACAACCAAGCAAAGCCAUCCCCAAAGGAACACUCUACGGCCUGGUGCUGACUUUCGUUUCAUACACGCUGGUAAUCCUGGCCAUGGCUGCCUCGAUCACUCGUGCGUCCUUCUACCACAACACAAACGUCAUACAGAUUGUGAACGUCUCUGGCGUUGUUGUACUCCUAGGAGAAAUGGCGACGUCGCUCUUCUCGGUGUUGAUGGGCGUAAUCGGCUCAGCAAAACUGCUACAAGCACUUGCUCGAGACGACCUUAUCCCAGGCUUGUCACUCUUCGGUCAGGGAACUAGAAAUAAUGACGAGCCGACGUAUGCAAUCAUCAUAACCUACAUCCUUACGCAGGUCACCAUGCUCGCAAACAUCAACGAAAUUGCGUCCUUCGUCACCAUGAGUUACCUCAUGACUUUCCUGGUCACAAAUCUCGCUUGCUUCCUUCUCAAAAUCAGCUCAGCGCCUAACUUUAGGCCUUCUUUCCACUACUUCAAUUGGUGGACAGCCGCUAUCGGUACCGUUGUCAGCGGGGCGACUAUGUUUUUUGUCGAUGGCGUCUAUGCAUCCGCUUGCGUUGCGAUUCUGGUCUUGAUCUUCGUCAUCAUCCACUACACGACACCGCCCAAGCCGUGGGGUGAUGUCAGUCAGAGUCUCAUCUAUCAUCAAGUGCGGAAGUACCUUCUUCGCCUUCGGCAGGAGCACGUCAAGUUCUGGCGUCCGCAAAUCCUGCUCUUCAUCAACGACCCUCGCCACCAAUACAAGCUCAUCCAGUUCUGCAACUCUCUGAAAAAGGGGGCAUUGUUCGUUCUUGGGCAUGUGAUUGUCACGCCCGACUUUGGCAGUGCAGUGCCCGAAGCGCGGAGCCAGCAGGCCUCAUGGACGAAAUACAUCGACUUUUCAAAGAUCAAAGCGUUCGUCAACAUUGCGAUAUCACCAGCCGUCGAGUGGGGUGCCAGAAAUAUUGUGCUCAGUGCCGGAUUGGGCGGCAUGCGACCGAACAUUGUCAUGAUGGGAUUCUACAACCUUAACGAGCUACGAGAUUCUAGGCCUCUCGUCGAUGUUCCUCCCCAUCAACCGUCGCGACCGACAUCCGGGACACAUACUCCGCAUCCUGAUGGUAAAGAUACGAAGCGCCGGAAAAACGACGAAAGGAUGCAAGGCCAGCUGCCAACAGAUGCCAUGCGCAAAGAGCGUGCUAUUGGCGCGAAGAACUAUGUCACCAUACUCGAGGACCUGUUGUUGAAACUGCAGAUCAACGUAGCUAUAGCCAAAGGCUUUCAAGAUCUAGAGCUUCCAGCGGCAAAGCCGUCCAAGAUUCAGAAGACGCUUUCAAUGCUGCACCUGCAUAAGGAUGAUACUGAGGAAACUGCGAAGAAGUACAUCGACCUGUGGCCGAUUCAGAUGUCGGCGGAGAUCGCAGCAGCAGCCGAAGGCGGUCAGCCGAAGCGCAACGUCCUCACCACCAACUUCGACACCUAUACGCUUAUCCUGCAGCUUGGUUGCAUCCUUCACACCGUACCCUCGUAUCACAGAGCCUACAAGCUGCGAGUGAUAGUCUUCGUGGAGUAUGAGUCGGAUGUUGAGGAAGAACGACGCCGCGUUUCGACACUGCUCAGCAAUCUGAGAAUAGAAGCCAAAAUUAUUGUGCUCUGGCUCGCUUCCGGGGAUCUGAACAGCUAUGAGUUUAUCGUCAACGGAAAGACGAUAGACAGAGACCCUCAGGCCCAGCAAGAUGUGGAGGAGGCGCUGAGAGACGAAGAGUGGUGGCAAGAUGUGCAGCAGCUCCGCGGAAAGAAGCCACUAACUGCGAGCCAAGAGCUUGCAGACGUCGAGGGCCUGCUCGGUGCUGUGACCAAUUGGCCCAGCUCUUCAUUUCAACACGGUAGACGAGAGUCCAACGUAAAGAGGUUUGCAGGACUGAAGAAGAUGCUCAAGAAGACAAAGCGGCGAGCUUCUAUUAGCGAUAUCAGCCAAAUGGGCGUAAGCCUCGGCAUGACCACAUCCAGACUGCAUCCUGCUCUCGUCCAUGGUGAGGACAGCGAUAGCGAAACUUCCACUUCCGGCACUGGAAGCGAGUAUGGCUCAACUCCGCAGUCUGACGACGAAGACUCGGCAGCGAGCGAAAACGACAUCGAGGACUACAAGGAUGAUGAAUCAGACAACAUGAGACCUGAAGCCCCGAAGAGGAGAUCUUUCAGCCUCGGGGAGACCAUGCGGCUCCCCUUCUUCUUCAAGAAACCCGACCUCCAACGCCGCGGCGACAGCAGCACGGACGUAUCACCAUCCCGCCCCAACCCAGUUCAACCGCAUCUCGCAGCCGCAUCCUCAGAACCCACUUUACCGCCGCCAGAACCUACAGCCGAGUUACCGGAAACCUCCAAAGACGACACCGAAGCCCCCUUCCAGGCCUCCUCGCGGCCCACCCCCCUCUCCCGGCCCCCAACAAUGCGCCGCCAAUCCCACGCAAAAUUCACCUCCAAGCCCGUGCCACGCACAACCGUGGCCAGCGAAGACGGGCCCGGCCCCUCAAUAAUGUUCACCGACACGCCCUCGCCCGCCGACCACUCCAGCCGCCCGCACCAAUCCAUCUACGACCGGACCUCCUUCUUCGAGCCGGACGACAUACCCCCACCCACAGACAACGAGCAGCAAGCGCAGGCCGCCCUCGGCUUCCCGCACGCCUCGAGCGUCGCGCUCAGCUUCAACGACCUGCCGUGCCGGGCGCAGCAUCUGAUUCUGAACGAGCUGAUGAGGGGCCAGAGCGGGGAUACGGCGGUGAUCUUUACGACGCUGCCGAGUCCGGUGGAGGGGACGUGCGAGAGCGAGAGCGAUAGUGUCAGGUAUCUUAGUGAUUUGGAGGUGCUGUGUGAGGGGCUGCCGCCAGUGUUGUUGGUGCAUAGUAAUAGUAUGACUGUUACUAUGAAUUUGUAG